CCUUCUGUGUUCUCAUUUGCAGGUUGCCUCUCCCUCCUGGUGACAGUGCAGGAUGUUGAGCGUUAUACCACCUUAUUUGCCACUGUCGUCCUUAAGUGUGACUACAGCACCUCUGCACAGCUGCAGGACGUGGUGGUGACCUGGCGCUUCAAAUCCUUCUGCAAGGACCCCAUCUUUGACUACUACUUAACCUCAUACCAGGCUGCUUUAGCUCUUGGACAGGACCCAUCUAAUGACUGCAGUGACAGCCAGCGGCAGGUGCGCAUUGUCAUCCAGAAAUAUGGGCAGAAGGAUCCUGUGCUGGGUACCGACUACCAGCAACGAAAGAUCACCAUUCAGAACCGGGCAGACCUUGUCAUCAGUGAGGUCAUGUGGUGGGACCACGGCGUGUACUACUGCACUGUGGAAGCACCAGGAGAUACCUCAGGUGAUGCGGACAAGGAAGUUAAGCUGAUUGUUCUCCACUGGCUCACAGUACUCCUCAUCGUUCUCGGAGGCCUCUUCCUCCUUCUGCUGAUUGGAAUAUGCUGGUGCCAGUGCUGCCCCCAGUAUUGCUGCUGCCACAUCCCAUGUGUCUGCUGCCCAACCCGCUGCUGCUGUAAUGAGGAAGCACUGGAACGGCAUCGGUUCAUGAAGCAAGCUCAGGCCCUUGCGCCUUGGAUGUCACCCCACAUGUUCUAUGGAGGUGGUGACAGGAACUCACAACUUUCCUCUUACCAGCUGAACCCUCUACUGCAACGAGAUGUGUCUCUGCAGAACAGUCUUCCACUGGUGCAGCCACAAGCUCAGCUUUCCCCUAACAAGGGUGUUUUGGACUAUCUGGAGUCUGAAAUCCAAAACCUUAACAUGUCCCAGCUCCGGCCACCCUCCCACCAGCGGCAGGCUGUGCAGCCCAGCUUGCUGUCCUCCCUGGGCUCUGAGAUCAUGCCGCCUCCUCUCGCUGAUCACGUCUCCUCCAUCCAUGGGCGCAGCAACCCCUCCUCACAGCCACAGAGAGCUGCCCGCAACCCCAGACCCUGGGACUCUGCAGCAGAGGACAGGAGGGAAAACCAGAGGUGGCCCUUGCCUUCCAGUGGGGAUUCUCAUUCCAGCCAUAGUCGGGAGCCCUGGGACAGGCAGCGAGAGGACCAUCCUCAGAGGCAGAGGACAGGCGGCUACAAUGGCAGGCCCCAGCACUCCAGACGGGAUGUGUCACCCCCACGCCAGGCUGAGAGGGGCAAGAGCAGCAGCAGCACCUCUAGUUUCUAUCCGGAGGAGGCCAAGGAGCAUUCCAGCCACCAUCAUGGCUGGAGACAGGAGCCUGCAAGGAGGCGAGACUACGAGCACUACACCAGGAGGAGCAAUAACUCAGGUCAGCGGCGUCACAGCUACUCUCCCCCUUCUCGCCGGGGGUCAUGGAGCUCCUCAGAGGAGCAAGUCCGUCUCCCAGCGACAAACCGCAGGCGGCGGCACCGGUCUCGGGAAUGGCCAGAAGAUAAACCCCCCAGUUAUCGCUCAUUAGAAGUCAUCCCAAGUCAGGACAAGAAGCACAAAGACAGGGCAAGGCCACGCUCGGACAGAGGAAGUUCCCACAGUGGAAGAAGCAUAGUCAUUUAA